UCUUCCUCAUUGUGUUUGUACUAUCAGUACCUUUUGGAAAUCCAUAAGUUCUGAGUUUUGAACUCGAAAAGCAAGGUGUAAGACGAUGGUAAUAUUCUUGGCCUCAAAAGGGUAUAAAGCUGUUCCCGUAGCUUGUCUGUUGCAGAAAUGAUUUUCUAUAUACAGACUAUGAAUUUUCGAAUCGUCUUGUUACAUGAUAUGUGAUGGUAAAUUCUCAGUUUACUCGACGUGAGUGAAUAAUGAUGGUUUCUCGGAUUGAACGGACGAUUUCUUGGUACUGUUUUGCACUGUUAGAACAAUUCAGAACGAGACACAAGCAUCUCAUUCUUAAUAUGCUGAAGUCGACAACAAAAGACAAAGGUUGAUUUACAGUGGAAUGCAGAGUGCCUUAUCAAUAUAUGAAAAAGAUUACAAGUGAGAAGAUUCAAAGAAAAUGUCCCUUACUGAUUCAGUGCAGCACAAACAGCCUGGUGUCAUCACCUGCAAAGCUGCUGUGGCAUGGGGACCAGGAGAAGCAAUGGUAAUAGAGGAGGUGGAAUUGAGUCCACCUCAGCCUAUGGAGAUUCGUGUUAAGGUUGUCUCUACUUCUCUCUGUCGCAGUGAUGUCACUGCUUGGUUGUCACAGGCUCAGGCUUCUAUUUAUCCUAGGAUAUUUGGUCAUGAAGCAUCAGGGAUUGUUGAGAGUGUUGGGCAAGGAGUGACUGAAUUUGUAGAAGGAGACCAUGUGCUAACCUUAUUUACUGGGGAAUGCAUGAGAUGCAGACAUUGUACCUCAGGCAAAAGCAACAUUUGCCAAGUUCUUGGAUUGGAACGAAAAGGUGUUAUGCACAGUGAUCAGAAGACGCGGUUCUCUAUAAAAGGGAAGCCGGUUUAUCAUUAUUGUGCAGUUUCAAGUUUUAGUGAAUAUACGGUUGUACACUCUGGUUGUGCGGUCAAGGUUAGUUCAAAUGCGCCUUUGGAGAAAAUCUGCCUCCUCAGUUGUGGAGCGGCAGCAGGUCUAGGUGCUGCUUGGAAGGUUGCAAAUAUCUCUGAAGGAUCAAAAGUGGUCAUUUUUGGUCUUGGGACUGUAGGCCUUUCUGUUGCACAAGGUGCUAAAAUGAGGGGAGCAUCUCAAAUUAUUGGUGUAGACACAAUGCAAGAGAAAUACGAAAAAGCAAAGGCUUUUGGAGUGACCGAUUUUUUGAACCCAAAUGAUACUGAUGAACCCAUCCCACAGGUUAUAAAACGCAUAACUGAUGGAGGUGCAGACUAUUCAUUUGAGUGUAUAGGAGAUACAGGAAUGAUUACCACUGCAUUGCAAUCAUGUUGUGAUGGAUGGGGUUUGACCGUCACACUUGGAGUACCCAAGCUGAAGCCAGAGGUAACAGCUCAUUAUGGACUUCUUCUUACCGGUAGAACAUUGACAGGAUCUCUAUUUGGAGGAUGGAAACCGAAGUCUGAAAUUCCUUCAUUAGUUGAGAUGUACCUAAGGAAGGAAAUUGAGAUAGAUGACUUGAUCACACAUAACCUGCCAUUUGAGGAGAUAAACAAAGCUUUUGAUCUGAUGAAAAGUGGGACUUGUUUGCGCUGCGUCAUACAUAUGCCAAUAUAGAAGGUUUUCCAAUGGCUGAAUGUUUUUCAAUGAAAUAGAUAGCCAUCACGAUGAACUGCGAGAAAAUUUGAUGUUGUAAUGUAGUAUAUGAUUAUCAUUGCCUGCCAUCGGUUAUUUGUUCAGGAUGGUGGGUUGAGCUGUGCAGACUAUUUUUACAGAAAAAAGUUUGAUGUCAUAUCAAAAUGCAUUGACUGGCCUCAGAGACAGUUUGCCGUAUAGGCAACUACUCAGAAAUUUCUAAUCAUUAGCUGAGUUAGAUGCAAUUAUCCAGUGAAGACCAUAUAAUUUAAAACCUUUUGUUCCUAAAUGUGGAUUUUGCUAU